AAGUCGAGAGAGUGGGGGCGGGAGAGGAUGCGGCGCCCGGGUUGCACAGCACAUCCGGGCGAGCCAGCAGCGGGCUGCGGGCUGCAUAAUUGAUGAGGGCCGGCGCAAGGCUGGGCUGGCCUCGGGUGCGCCGGGAGCGUCUCGGGGGAGGAGGCCAGGGAGGCCGGCCCCUCCCACUCCGCUUUUUCUCGCGUGUCCUGUCCCUGGGACUGGCAGUGGGCGCCCGGUUACCAGCAAGUGUGCGUAGGAAUAAACGGGAGACGGACCGCAGCAAACCGAGGGCGCAACAGCGACCAGGACAGACCCGCCCGCGCCAUGCUCUCGCUCACUGGCCCGAGGGCGUUUGUGGCGCCCGGCUGCCCGCUGGUGCUUCUGUGCCUUCUGGUGGCGACGUGCCCACAUCGGGCAGAAGGCGAUCCCGCAGAUUCAUCUUUUACAAGUCUACCUGUUCGAGAAGAAAUGAUGGCAAAAUACUCAAACCUUUCCUUGGAGAGCCAUAAUAUAUCACUGACAGGCGAGUCCAGUUCACCAGUAGAAAAAAACAUUACUUUGGAAAAGCCUUCUGACCUUGAGCUCUUAUGCCUGUUCACGCCAUCUGGGGAUUUGAACUCAGUGAACGUGACUUGGAAAAAGGAUGAUGAACUUCUGGAGAAUAUUGAUGUUUUCAAUACAACCAAAGUGGGAAACACCUUGUACAGUCAGUACAGGUUCAUCAUUUUUAAUAGCAAGCAAAUGGGAAAUUAUUCUUGCUUCUUUGAUGGAGAAAAGAAUCUCAGAGGAACAUUUAAUAUCAAAGUACCCAGCAUUCAUGGGAAAAACAAGCCAUUGAUCACUUACGUGGGGGAUUCUACCGUCCUGAAGUGUGAAUGCCACGAUGGCCAUCCUUUAAAUUGGACUUGGUACACGAGUAAUGGAAGCGUACAGGUUCCUAUUGAUGUUCACAAGAAUGAUAAGUAUGUUAUAAAUGGAUCCUAUGCUAAUGAGACACGACUCAAGGUAAAGCAUCUUUUGGAGGAAGAUGGAGGCUCCUACUGGUGCCGGGCAGCCUUCCAGUUAGGUGAGAGCGAAGAACACAUUGAGCUGGUUGUGCUGAGCUUCAUGGUGCCCCUCAAGCCGUUUCUCGCAAUAAUCGCAGAAGUUAUUCUGCUAGUGGCUAUCAUUCUGCUUUGUGAAGUGUACACGCAGAAAAAGAAGAAUGACCCAGAUGAUGGGAAAGAAUUUGAACAAAUUGAACAGUUGAAAUCAGAUGAUAGCAACGGUAUAGAAAACAAUGCCCCCAGGCUCAGAAAAAAUGAGUCGGUGGAACAGUGAGCGAAGAGUAUUCCGCCUUGAGAAGACGUACAAAGAGUUUGUUUUCCUGCUUCUUCUCCAGAACGUGUGAAUUUUAGAUUUUUUAGAAGACAGAAAACUUCCUCAGCACCCACAGCGGUAGCUUUAUAAACAAUAUAGGCCAUCUCCUACCUAAAGAUGUGUUUUCAUUUUGUAAUUGCUUUUCAUUAAAGCAAGGUGAAUUGUUUCAGGUGUGUUCUGCCUGUUGUAAGCUAGAUAAUAAAUUUUAUCCUGGUCUGGGAGAUCAGGGGCACGGGACAGACAGCAGCAAAAUCAGUGGCUAGUCCACAAAGAAAUAUCACUAAAGAUGUGUUUAUUACCAAAGAAUUAUUAAAGAGAAAGCUUUUGCCUGUUGUCUUACAAGUGUUUCCCCGCUCAUGCAUGACUACCUACAGAAGUAUUGAUAACAGCUUUUCUGUGACGUGUAUUCUGCCGUGGUAUUGAAAGUCUUUUUCCUAGGAAACAGGAACUACACUUUCGAGAAUGGUGGCUUCUCUGUAGGCUCUAUGCUAAGGUAUACUUUUGCUCCGUGAGUAAUGGUGUCGACUAAGGGAGUACAAACCGUCUAUGCUAAGAAAAAGGGUCUCUUAGUCUUCAGUAGGACAUUUUCCUCAUUCUUUGCCACGGCAUUUGGGCUUCAUCUGUCCUCCUGGUGUUGAUGUUUCAGGGUCCAGAUCCAUGUGGUCACAGUCCGACACUGCUGCUUGCAUGGCUUUGUGGCUCGUGGAUCCUGGGGACCUUGAUGUGCUGUCUGGUUUCUCGUGCCAUUGCUGUCCAAAUGUACAAAAAUGCUUUAUUACUGCUUUCCAAUAAUAAUUCCUUUGACUGAUAAGCAGGAGCGCUAGUGCACUAUUUUUAUGUUGCUUGCAAAUGCCUUAAACUUAACUUUUGAAAUGGAAGGAUUUCAUUACAUACGUGACUGAGAUAUUUUAUAUAAACUCAAUAAAGCCAAAUCAAUUCAACUUUGAAUCGACAUAGCCAGUUGUCACUGACUUUAAAUUAAAUAAAUAAAUAAUAGAAUGGUGCCUUGGGUAGUAGAUUAGGUGUCCCUGGUGCUGCCGGGUUUUUGUGACACACUGUUUCCCGAAAACAGAAUUAAAGACAAUGACAACAACUUGGGAUGGUAGUAAAAGAAAUCCAUGGUUCUUGGGGAUUGACGGUUUAGAGGUUGGGUAGAAAGAAUCCACUGAUUUAGCAUUGAAAACUCGAAGUGUAUACCUUGCACAUAGCUAAGGAAAGUACCAAAUUCUGAUAGGGAAAAUUCUGUAAUAUCUCAGCUAAUGUUUACCAAUAUCACUAGCUAAAAUAGUACAUAUAAAAUAUUAUGGCAGCUGCUUCCUGUUUUGUUGAUGCAACAAAGUUCAGUAUUUUCUAAUACAUGUUAACUGUACGUAUAGAUUUUAUUGAGUUAGAAUGCACCUCUUGGUAGUAGAUGUCCUGUUUUCUUCCUUAGUCUCAUGAAUGAUAAUUUUGUUUUGCUUUAAUUCAUGCUUAAUUUGACAAGAUCCUCUUGAUGAGCUCAUGGCAAUCAAUAUAAUUAAUCUAAACAUUUCAAAUUCAGAGAGCAAGUCCCACUCAACAGUAUAACUGUGACUGGAUACACACAAAACCCCAAGUAACUUUACUUACAAGAUUCAUUCAUUUGCUUUGCCACCACUAAGUAUUUAAGUUGAAAUAGUUUACGUGGGGAAAAAAAAGCUACCCAAAGGUAAAAUAAUCUGAAAUACUUAUGUGAUACAUUUGAAAUGCUAAUGGGUAAUAUGUGUUAUUUAUUUUUAUAAAAGAUAAGUUAUCUAAGUAACUUUAAGUAACUUUUGGCCUUCCAGGGUCUCUCUGGAGUACUUCUGGAAAAUUGUCCCAUCCCUAUUAGAUUAAAAUGGGCUGCUUCUAUUAACUCGCCUCACAGAGACGAUAAAUGGAUUGUCUAAGGACCCAUUGUAAACUGAUUACAAAACCAAAGAAAAAGAGCAGGAAAACUACCCUGACUAUGUCAUAGACAUCUGGGAAACUCUACCAAUCUUUUCAGUUGAUGGGUUUUCAAUAUAAUAAUUAGAUGUAAUGAUGCCAUAAAAAUGUCCAGAUAAUCUUAAAUUCAGUUUGCAUUGAAAUACAAAUUUCCUUUUGCAGUCUUUUUAACCCCCCCCCCAGCUAGUGAGUCCUUCAGGCUUGAAUCUAAAAUUGUUUUUUUGGAGGUGGCUGUCCUGGAACUCUGUAGACCAGGCUGGCCUCGAAACUCACACAGAGAUCCCCCUGCCUCCUGAAAUUAAAAGGUGUGUGCCACCCACCGCCUGGUUUCCUUUGAUUUUCUUAAACUUUCGUUAAUCCUCCCAGAACCUCUCCCACUUCACCUUCACCAGCUGCAAGGUUGUGGUAUAGGUUUCCCUACCUUGUCCUCAUUGUCCAUUCCUCCAUUUUUCACGGAGCUUCUCAGUCUUUCUUCUUAAACACAAAGACCUCACGUGAUGUGUCAGGUUUCAGUCCAAACCUUAGGCAGCACAUUGUUGCCAUUUCUGCACGUCACCUAUUUACCUGUCUCCUCCCAGUGUCUUGGAUUAGCCCAGAAUGUGUCUCUGAUGCUUACCCCGUCCUACUAACUCAAGAUUAACCUGCAGUAUGUUAAGGUUUAGGGGAAAUUCACAUAUCCAUGAGGUAGGAACGAUCCCAUGUGCUAACGACUCCAUGUUGUUGUCAGGGUAGUUUUCCUGCUUUAGUUGUGUGCCCAGUAUUUUGUACAAGGAAAAAGUUAUAGGUGAUGUAAAAUGUGUGUACCUAUGUUUAGAAAACUAAUUUUAAGUAUGACAGUUAAAAUUGCAAAACAAAUAUUUUACAGAAGAACCCAAGUUAUGCAAGUCCUCCAGUUGUACAGGGUACAUUACACCCAUUCUGAUGGGGUUAAUUCCUGUCACACUUAGAAUCCCAUGGUCAGUAUGCACAGAAACCUUUAAUAAGGUAACACAUUGGCCCUAAAUAUGCAGGAUUUUAAUUAGAUUCCUUUGUAUGGCACAGAGAGCUGGCACUUGGGCUCACCACACUAACAUACCUGUUCCACUUCCCCAAGUUUUGUACAUCUUUGUACAUCUCAGAAUUCACUUCAGAAUUUAAUAUUAACAGCAGCAUGUGACAGAAAGAUUUACUAUUACAUUUUGAACACUGAAAGCAUACUUUUCGUCGAAUUGAUCAAAAGAAGAGGAAAAAAAACUUUUUCAUUUCAACCUUUUUAUUUCUGAUCCUCAUCUUUGAGACAGUUUUGAUUAUUUGCUUUCUGUUAAACUUUCCAUAGGAAAGUGAAGCUUUGGUAAUUAAGUAAAUCUAGGAGAAAAAGGAGGGAAUCCCUGCUCAGUGGUUCAGCUCUCAGAAAGGUGUCCAAGUGCUCCGGUAUUAAUAGAACAACAUGGCGACCUGCGUGCCGUCCACACUCAGGAAAAAUAUUGACAGCAUGAGUGGAAGUGGAAGGUAAACUUGAUUGGUUUGCGACUUUAAGUCACACACACUUAGGUACUUAACUGGUUUGUUCGAUGCAUUGCGCGCUAGGCACUCACUUUAACACCUGCCUUGAAGUUCUCUGUUUAUUUUACUCAUGUCGUAAAAAUGGUCCUCUGUUUUCAUCAGUGCACAAUCUCAAGCUCAGAGACCGUAAGAAAACCACACAAACCCACGAUGUACAUGAUCACAACUGAAAUCUAAAUUUAGCCUUAGCUGACCAGUUCAACAGCACUGAAUGACUAGAUGCAUACGUCCUAAAAAUUGAGGUCAUUGUCAGUUACCUUGUUUUGUUUUGUUUUGUUUGUUUUUUAAUUUCACUCUUUUAAGUGGUCAGUCAAAGCACAAGAUCCAUAAUCUUACUGUAGUUGGGACCCACUUUGUGUCAGUCUGUGUCCCCACACAGGUGCUGGGGAAUCAACACAUACUUAAGACUUUUUUUUUUUCUGGUUGUAUUGUCAGUCGUGAGAAUGACCAUGAAAUUUAUCGACCAGACAUAAAACAAGAAAGAUGCUAUGUAUAAUUUCACUGAGAAAGCAGGCCCUCUGGUCUCACCUUCAGCCCCUAGGGAGGAGGCGGCUGCUCUGUGUGGGUUCUGUCACAGAGGCAGCAGCAAGCUGGAAUGAUUGACAGAAAUGAACUUUCAAGGGAAUAGCCAAUUUUAGCUAAUGCGGGGAAAUCACCAUUUUCAGUAGGUGUCAGGUGAGUGCCGCUGUGGAGAAGUGCCUAUAAUGACAUCAUUUACUCAGCGUAAAGUUUUAUUGCUUUAAGUAUCUUAGGAUGACUGUGGUCUGUUGGCAUUCGGAAGAUGGAUGCGCGAGUCGUAAGAGAAGUUGGCAAAGAACAUCUUGCUUGCGCUGCUGGGUCGAUGAACUGGCCAGUUCCUUGGAUUUGUGCAUCCCUUGGUUCCUGUGUGGUAGUAGCCAUGUUUGUGUGAAUCCAGUGAGCAAAGAAUGGCAGGUCCUUUAGAACCAAAUUUGCCCGUGAAAUGAUUGAAAAUCGCACAUGAAUGGAACAGACAGUAUUUUCAGUUCCACGAACAAUUUAUGGUUUGUAUUCCUUGUCCCUUUACAGCUCAAUGGGAGCAUGUUAUGGAAACCUGUUUAGGGUCUUGGUUAAAGAUAGUGUUUUUGUCUGGUGUGUUUCAUGUUUUAAAGCAUUUUAUUAAAACAAAUAUGUAAUUUGUGGAAAAUUAUCACAUUAUUUUUCUAAAGUUUAUUGAUAUGAAAGUAAUAGGUUUAUUACAUAUGUGAUUAACUGCGAUGCUACUUAAUGUUACAAAAGAAUAGCUACUUAUAUUUUUAACUUCUAGAAUAGAUAUUUAAUCAUAAAUGUUUAGUUUUGCUUAAAUCAAGGACCAUUGAUUAUAUUUUUUUAAUAGCUGUGGUUUUUUUGCAUGUGUGUUUAGAUUCUCAUCGCCAACUUUCUAUAUCCAAUAACACCAGAAAUGACAAUACAGGAACAUUGUGAAAAUUUCCAUGUUGUUUAUGAAUUUAAUAGACAAUUAAACUCAAUAAAAUGUA